UGCAAUGGCAACCACAUUUUUAGGAGUAGAGAGUAGUUUUGGGAUCGGUGGGGUUAGUGGUCGUUUAAUUAGUAAAGUACAAAGUGUCUUUAAAAAGCUUGUUAACUUGAUUCAAGAUAAUGCAGAAUCCAAGGUGAUCAGUCAAAUCGAAAAUGAAGUCAAUGAAGAACUACGCAAAAUGCAUGAUGUGGAUAUUAUAGAACUUGAAUUACCAGAAAUAAAGGCCAAGGGCAAGAAACAUGAUAAAAUUUUUGAAGCGAUCCAUGAUAUUUUUGAUGCUGAAAUUGUUGACAAUAAAUUGUUCAUCAAGUUUAAUGGUGGGAUUAAAGCAGAAAUACAUAAGAAAGUAUUGAAUUCACUUGAUCAACAACUCCCACCAACUUGGUGGACUCAAUUUGAUGUAAUAUGUGUAGUUAAUGGUAAUCAGUAUCGACCUGAUGUGGGUGGUUGGAACCCUAAACCAACAAUUAAUCAAAGGCUUCAUCCUAUAAUUAAUCCAUGUCCACCACCAUUGUUAUGGAUUGAGGUGACCUAUGACAAUUCUGGGGAUCGUGAUAAUGCCAUAAAUAAAAUCACAUGCAUUCAACCCCACUGCCCAAACACAGAGUUUAUGAUCAUUGUUUUUCCAACUAUUGGACUCCCCCUUCCAGCAAAUCCAAAUCCAGGUGUUGCUUCAAUGGUGGGAACACCCAAAACGGCUUGUCCUUCUCAUGCUCCAUAUCUUGGCCAUUGGCCCAUGGGCAUUACAGUUUGUUGGUACAAGAUGAAAUGGAAUAGGCAUCUUGUAUUAGGAUGUGGAGCAAACAUAGAUUUUAAUGAUAUACUUCAA